AUGUCUUCCCCUCAAGAGUUUCACAGAUUCUCCCAAUUGCCAGGCGAGCUGCGAACGGCGAUAUGGGAGAUCGCCUCUAUCCCCGAGCCUGUCAUCUUGAGCUACAUGCCUCCAGCCCAGGCCCCAGUCGAAAACGAUGAUGGGGGCGAGGAAAAUGAGAGUAGCAGUGAUAGUGACAGCACUGACUCGGAAGCUAGCUCUGACACCGACCCAGACUCCGACCCUGAUGAAGAAGAUGAGGCACCGGAAAUAAUCAUCGAUAACCUUAAUGAGGUGACACUGCCGUAUCCAGCACUUAUGCACACAAACGGAGAAUCGCGGUAUGUGAUGCAAGAGUCGCCGAUCGUCAAUUUUGACGUUGACAACAAUGGUGCAUGGUUGCGGCCUCAUCGGGUUUUCGAUCCAUACUCAGAUGUCAUCAUGGUUCAAUUCGAUGACUUUCUCGGGCACAUGGACGAUUUCCUCAGACUCAGCCCCAACUUCCGUCCACUGGUAAACCAGCUGCCGCACAACCACGCGGGGGAUCUACACACCCCCGAAUGCCCGAGGUGCCGGUACAUCUGGGACCAGUGGAUGCAGACACUCAAUGGCGAAAUGAUGCGAAUGUGGCAUGAGUAUUCCGACGAAAGAAGGAGCUCACGACGGACGGCCAACAUUCACGUUCUAUUUCAGAGAAUGUCUGGAGAGUCCCCUAAUGAUGCUGCGGUUCUAACAUCUAUGAGGAUGGUGUGUCUACACCCCAAUUUACACAUCCUUCAAGAGAUGAGAACGCCGGCGGCAGUCUUCUUGGGCGGUGAGGACUGCGGGUUCACCUUUGUAAUUCCCAAUGCGCAAUAUCGCGUAAUCUACGCUUGGGAGUGGCCCGCAUAGCCUUUUCGCCGCUGAGGUGACACCCCAUUUCAGUGGGGAGGGGGGCU